AUGUCUGUGUUUAAAUUACAAAAUAAACCUUUUGAUAUCAAUGCUAAGCAUAGAUUUUUGAAUUUCACAGCUUAUCAUUUUGAUCGAAAACAAUUUAAUUCUUUAGUAGAAAAGUAUUUUAAAAGUGAUAAAAAUCCUUUUCGUUAUAUUAAAUACCAAUAUGAAAGAAAUUACAAUCCUCAACAAGAUCAAAUGGACAUACAUAUUCAAGGAGUUUUAAUUCUCAAAGACGCAACAAGAAUCGGAAAAUAUUUAAAAGCUGGUGAAAAAAAUAGAAAAAAAGAUAUUGCUUUAGGUGCUAAAGGUCUUUUACAAAUUGAAGAUUCUGUUCAUUAUACUGGAAAAGAUUAUAACAAAUGCUUAUUGCAUCACAAAAAACCCAUUGAUCCAAAUGAUCCAAAAAGUAAACUUAUGUUGUGUCGAUGUGAUUAUUUUGAUCUAGGAAAAUUUUGUGAAUGGUGUAAUGAAGGUUGUAAAAAAUAUAGAACUUUGGCGAGAUAUGAUUCUGAUUCUGGACCUUUCGAAUAUGGAACUUAUACUACAAAAAAUAAUACAAAAACUAAGAAGAAUAAUAAUUUAGAUAAAACUCUUGAGGAUGAUUAUUUAGGAGAAAUUAUUCAAGAUAUCUUAGAUGGAAAGCUUACUAAAGAUAAAAUUCUUGUCAAAUAUACAAAAAAAAAUAAACAAUGGGUUAAAACAAUCCAGGAUUUGUUGAGACUAUGUGUAAUGCUCGGUAAAUCAUAUCUUUUUCGUAUUCUAUUUCCUAAAGUAUAUGAGAAACCAAAUUGCGGUGAAUAUAGUGUGCAAGUGAAAGGCUCACAUAUUAAUUAUGCACCAAAAAUUCAAUGUUUUACAUCAAAUGUACCAUUGGAUGAAUUGUAUCGAUUUAAUGAAAAUGAAAAAUAUAUUUCAGAAGAAAGAGGGUACAAAAAAACAAAUAGAAAAUAUUUUUCAGCAUUAAAUGAUAGAUUUGAUUAUGUUAUUGAAUAUUACAAAUAUAGAGAUGAUGAGAAACCAAUAUGCAAAAAUGAAUGUAUUUGUUGUAAAGUAAAAAGAAUUUUUCAUAAAGGUUUUAAAGCUUCUUUCAACAAUCAAGAAUUUGAGAUAGAGUUUAAUGACAAAGUAGAUGAAAAAGCAAUAAUUUCUAUAACACAAAAAAAAGAUGGACUUCUCUUUAAAAAAAGCAACAGAUACUAUUGGUGUCCAGAGUUUAAAUUUGAUAGAACAAAAUAUAUUUUGACAGAUUGUGAGAACUUUGAUGGUAUAGAAGCAGAUAUCAUAGUUUAUCCAGCAAUUGUUAAAAAAUUACGUGCUAAAAAUAGUAAAGAAAUUGAAAUAGUUGAUCAUAAAGAAAAAUAUAAAGAAUUAUUUGAAUCUGAUACUACAAAAAAUAAUGAG